AUGAGUUCUGCAAAUGGGUCUGGAGAUUUGUCAUCAGAGAUGGAGGUGGAUGCUUUUAGACGCCUUUUCCCUCUACGCUUUCAUGAACGCCAUCUGCUUGAAUCAGUACGACCUGAUGGAAUGGAAGGCUACUGGGAAAAGCUAGAGGUACAACAGUGGCCCUUGACCAUGCUGGCUGCUAUUAAAAUGGAGGUCAUGACACCUACGGUGGACUCACAAGAUGAGGGCUACAUAGCUUUAGCAUCAUCACUGGCAUAUUUUCUUCUACUGUUCUUCCUUGAUAUUCAGCCGCAGAUGUUCUGGCAUGAUCAAUAUGAAGGAAUUAUCACUGGUCAGUGGGAAAGCUACUUGGAUGGCUUAACUGGUAAUGACAUAUAUUGUUUGGAUGCUGAUGGUGCUCUUUUGGACACGGCAUUACUUUCAGCAGUUGCUGCCUUCUCCAAUUUACAAAUUCCUGUAGUUGCUCUGAAUGAUGAUGGAAGAAUAGUAGUUAUGUCCGAGGAAAACGAGGGAGGAAAAUUAGAAAAGAAGCCGGUUAACAAAGAGAAGAGGAAGCUCAAGUUGAGCAGCAUUCCGUUCACCUUAACAUGCAUACUUCACAAGAAUUAUGUCCUGGCCCACCCUACAGCAGAAGAGGAGUCAAUCAUGGAAACUCUUAUUACUGUGGUAAUUAAUUUAUCUGGUUAG